UCAAUCUAUUUUCAUACUGCAGGCAAUUUAUGCUUAUUGGGCCUGUAGUUAUCGUGCUCGAGAAUGUCACCCACGCUCGCUUAUUCCCAACGGCGUAUUAUUUCGCCAGGCAUAUCACAUCAGGAUAUCGAUCAAAUAUACGGUGGUUUCUGCAUGUCGCGAAGACACGCACGCGGCACACUCAACGCAAGCUAGGCGCGGAGACGCUCACCAAUCAGUCGAGUAUCCUCGACGACAACGGGACGGACGAGCGUCGGAAAAAGAAAAUCGCGUCGCGUGGGCGAAUAUGUCCGAGCAGCGAACCGAUUCGUACGACUCGAGACCGGUAACGUCCAAGAGGUCGGAGAGGCCGCCGUUCAAGCUGUGUUUCUCGAGAAACCAGCAGAUCGGAAGAUCCGACGCUUGCGUGUCAAAAACGAACGCUGACUUCGUCACGCCGAAAUUCUACUCGCGGGAACUCGAGGACGCACGAAAUGCGGACGUAAGCGACACGCUCGAGAGACUCGCCGCUGAGGAAGAUAAAAACCCGAGGAGGCUAUACCAGUCGCCGCUAUUGACCAGCCACACUUACGGUUGGUGGCACGAUAAGGGAAUACACCCGAAGGACGCGCGAUUUAACUUUCACAAAAGAACGUCCGACCUGGUGAGCUUCCAAAUGAAAAUUUACGCCGAGGAUCGAAAGUUGAAGGGCCUCAAGCAAUAAACGGGGUUGAAGUCGCUUUGGCUGCU